CUUCAAGGAUCUUCAGCGUCUUCAGUUGUGAAUUUGUUAUUAAUUACAACAAUUUUCAGUCACUAAAGUCUAAUCUCAAUCUCAUGAAUUAGACAUUUCAGACAAGCAACAAAAUAUUCGUUGAAGAUGGCAGUGAAAAGACCUCUCGAAUCAGACAGCGCAGCCACUCCUGCGGCGAAAAAACUUCGUAAAGGUUUUCGCGUAGGACCACAAAAUCUGCCAGAUGGACCAUGGAAGAGAAAAGUCGACAAAAUAAAGAAGGACUUAAUUCAUAAGGCAAAGGUCAAGAAGGCAUACAAGAAGAUAAAGGCUGCAGAGCAAGCAUCUUCUAAACCUGAGACAACGGGUGGUACUGAAGAUGCAGAUGCAACUGAAGCGCCCCCUUCACCUCAGCUUCAUCCCGAGAGACAGGCUAUGCUAGACGAAGAAGAGGAGCAACCGGAAGUAACAUCACAGCCUCGAUCAGGAGAUCGACCUCGUCGGCGUAAACAGCACCCGCGCAAACCCGGUUACUUUGACAAGGCCUCAGCUGAUGCAGAACGCAAGAAGGCUGAGGCAGAUGCCCGCGCUCAAGAGAUCGAGAGGCGUAAUGAGGAACGAAACAGUAAGAUCGCCGAGCGUGAGAGGUUUAGAAAGGCUAUGGCGAAGGCGCGGAAACCUGGUCGGGAUGGCCAGCGCAGGUUAGGCAGAGAGAGCGGGUUGUUGCUCGAGAAGGUUAAGAAAAUGGUCGGGUAGAUGGAGUGCAUAAAGUUCCAUUUCUAUGGGAGGAGCGGAAUAAUAUUCCCUUGGUCAACUGGCUAGCAUCUACGACGAUGACUAGCGAAACGAAAAGCUGAGCCGGCGUGUAUUCGUUGUUAAGAUGAAUUGUGGCUGAAGUCAUGCUGUUAUGCGAGACUUUGAAUGUCACGAUCGGCACAGGGAGAGACACACCUAUGCGACCACCGCAAGUAGCUCGUCCGCCUACUACUUGGAGGAAUGGCGAGAGGCAGCUCGCUACUAUAAAAUAUCCAUCAGAAUGUGCGGUUAUGGCUAGAUUCUAAGAAAAGGGCACGAGGCUAGGGUCACGAGGGUUAUA